ACCUUCGUUCUCCCCAUUCGCUCUUUAAAAUAAAAUUCAAAAUAACUGCACAAAAUCUCCACUACAUUUUCCAUGCGCGCUCCGCUUCACAGUCGCCAGCCUCUACUCCUCGCUCUGUCUCCGCCAUGGCUUCCUCUCUCCCUCUCAGAAAGCUCCACCUCGAUUCGUUCCACAAGAAUGGUGCUGCAUCUCGAUGCCUCCGCCUCAAGGACCUCUCUCGACCUAGGGUUUCCAUGAGCUUUUCUGUUGGAUCUCAGGCUAUGCUCAAUGACGCCUUGUUCGCCGACUACAAGCCUAGCUGCGGUUUCCUCUUUCCUGGUCAGGGUGCACAAGCUAUUGGAAUGGGAAAGGAGGCACAAAGUGUGCCUUCUGCUGUAGAAUUGUACAAGAAGGCAAAUGAUAUAUUAGGUUAUGAUAUUCUAGAUGUUUGCAUCAAUGGACCAAAAGAGAAAUUAGAUUCAACUGUUAUAAGCCAGCCUGCGAUUUAUGUCACAAGUCUGGCUGCAGUUGAACUGCUCCGUGCUCAUGAUGGAGGCCAGGAGAUAAUUGAUUCAGUUGACGUGACUUGCGGCCUCAGCUUGGGAGAAUACACUGCACUGGCAUUUGCUGGAGCCUUUAGUUGAGUCACCUAUUCUAAUAAAGGAAUCAGUUCUAA